GCGCUCCUCUUCGGGAGCAACAACAGUGGCCAGUGCGCUCUGCCCGCCUGGUGGCGCCUGCGCGGCCGCAGGGUGACGCAGGCCGCCUGCGGCAAGUGGCACACGGCGCUGGUGAUGAACGAUGGCGAGGCGCUCCUCUUCGGGGAGAACGACCAGGGCCAGUGCGCUGUGCCCGCCAAGCGCUUGCGCGGCCGCAGGGUGACGCAGGCCGCCUGCGGCUUCUGGCACACGGCGCUGGUGCUGGAAGACGGCGAGGCGCUCCUCUUCGGGAGGAACAUCCACGGCCAGUGCGCUCUGCCCGCCGAGCGCCUGCGCGGCCGCAGGGUGGCACAGGCCGCCUGCGGCGGGGGGCACACGGCGCUGGUGCUGGAAGACGGCGAGGCGCUCCUCUUCGGCCUCAACAACGAGGGCCAGAGCGCUCUGCCCGCCGAGCGCCUGCACGGCCGCAGGGUGACGCAGGGCCUCGACGAAGCGGGGCUGGUGCAGCUGGCGCCGCCGCACCCGGACGGGGCCGCCCAGCGACCUUCGGCGCCGCAGGCCGCGGGGCAGCCAGCGCCGCCGGGCCCGGCGCGGGGCUGGUUUUCAGCGCCCUGGCGCCGCGGCUCUACGCAGGCCGCGCCCGAGAGCCUCGACGACGCGGGGCCGGUGCAGCUGGCGCCGCCGGGCCCGAACGGGGCCGCCCAGCGGCCUUCGGCGCCGCAGGCGUCCGGUUCGCCGCAGGCGUCCGGGGGGCAGGCGUCGCAGGUGCGCGCUGUGAAGACUGA